AUGAAUUCUUCGAGUGAAUUCGAGGGUUUAAAAAUCUGUUACAUUCUUCUGUCACUUUCCAUCCUGGUGGCUCAAUCACCUACUACUGAUGGCGCGAAAAUACUCGCUGUGUAUUCAUUUUCAGGCAGAAGUCACUACAUGAUGCAUCGUGCGUUGAUCAGCGAGUUGGUUAAACAUGGCCAUCAGGUCACCAUGAUAACCGCACUAACACUAGAACCACUUAAAUUGGGCAGCAACUAUACAGAGAUACUUAUUGAACCGGAAUACGAUUUAAUGAAAGAUUUUCAAGAGCACUUCGGCGCAAUCUCGAUAUAUGAUUUGAAAAAAGAUAUGGCAUUAUUCAUGGAAAUGGUGCACGUAAUGGGCAUAGCCAGCACAGAGCACGCACUCAAGCAGCCCAAAGUACAGGACAUCAUCAAUGCCAAACAAACCGAGGGUGUAUAUGAUUUAUUAUUGGUAGAACAAUUCUAUCAAGACGCAUUUUUAGCAUUAGCCCACGUUUACAAUAUACCUGUAAUCAGCUCUGCAACAUUUGCUCAACAAAUUUAUAUGAGUCAGAUGUUUGGCAUUAUCACACCUUGGUCAUAUGUGCCUCACAGUUAUCUACCACUAACUGAGCACAUGACUUUCUGGGAACGUGUACAAAAUACUUACCAUUCAUUAUAUUAUGACCUAUAUCGAGAAUUUAAAACCUUUCCGGGAAUGGAUGAGCUUGUAAAGAAAUACUUUGGACAUUUGCCAAUUGAAUUCCCAAGUGUUUCGGCUAUGGAUAAGAAUCUCUCUGCCACAUUAAUUAAUAACUAUACACCUUUAUCAUCGGCUGGCCCCACAAUCGAUGGCAUGAUCAAUGUCGGGGGCAUGCAUAUUUAUCCACCAAAGCCACUUCCCACAGAUCUACAGAAAUUUUUGGAUGAAUCAGAAAAUGGCGUAAUUUACUUCAGUUUGGGCACCCAAGUUCAGAGUAAGGAUAUGCCUCCAGAAAAGCUGCAGGUUUUCCUUGAUGUGUUCAGUCAACUGAAACAACGCGUCUUAUGGAAAUUCGAAAAUGAUAGCAUUGCAAAUUUACCAAAAAAUGUUAUGAUAAAAAAAUGGAUGCCACAAAAUGAUAUCUUGGCACACCCUAAUGUGCGCGUUUUCAUCUCUCACGGUGGGCUCUUUGGCACACAAGAAGCCGUGUAUCAUGCCGUGCCAAUACUAGGCAUGCCCUUCUACUGCGAUCAGUAUCUAAAUUUGAAGAAAACUGAGUAUGGCGGCUAUGCCAUUACUAUGGAUUUACACACGCUUACUCGGGAUGAUUUGAAGAAUGGUCUGCAGCAAUUGCUUUUCAACUCCACCUAUCGUGACACUAUCAAGCGGAUCUCGCGAAUCUUCCACGAUCGUCCCAUGGGCCCACGGGAGACGGCACUCUACUGGAUUGAUUAUGUGAUACGUCACAAAGGCGCACGUCAUUUGCGCGCUGCUGGUUUGGAUUUGAAAUGGUACCAAUUUUAUUUACUGGAUGUUAUCGGUCUGGCUGUAGCUGCCAUAGUUGUAGCGCUCGGCGUUGUAGUAGCGCUAGUGUUCUGGUUUUUACAAAGAAUCAAGGGUGCGAAACGCAAGCAAAAAGUGCAAUAA